AUGGCUAUCUCGGUCUCAAAGAGAAAGCCAACAACACCCAAGAAGAGCUAUGGUCAUCCUCGUAUCUUCUUCUUCUGUCAAAAUCUUUGUUUUAUCUUCGGCAAAUCCAUCCUCUAUCGAUUUCUUCUCACAAUUUCUCUCUUCUUUGUUCUUUACCUUUGGUUAUCUUCGACCUUCAUCAUCUCCUCAAGGAAACUCAACGAUCCGAGUGUUGUUCUUAAGAAAUAUGGAGAAAUUAUUUCUCAAAAGAAUGAUACAUUUGUCAGAGCGAUUGUUUCGGGUGAAGAUAGAAAGCGUUAUGGUGUGACUACUAAGUCUGUUCUUGAUCAUAAAGCCAAGAACGAAUCUGAGGAAGAACAAUACAAAUACAUCAAACCUAAGAGUGAAGGAGAAGGCUACGCGUUAAGGGCAGUGAUUAAGUACAUUCAUGUCCAGAGAUCUUGGUUGUCGACCAGGAAAAAAGGCGAAAAUCCAGGAUCUUGUGAAGGGAAAGGAAUUUAUGUUUAUGAUUUACCGUCUAAAUUCAACCGAGAUUUACUGGUUGACUGCAUUGAUAUGGUCCCUUGGACUAACAUGUGUAAGUUUUUCAAGAAUGAAGGUUUUGGAGAAUCAAUUGAGAAUCUUGGUCGAGGUUGGUUUAGGACACAUCAGUAUGCUCUUGAACCGAUCUUCCACUCUAGGGUUUUGAAGCAUCCUUGUAGGGUUUACAACGAAACACAAGCUACGAUAUUUUAUGUCCCUUUUUAUGGCGGUUUCGAUGUUUUGAGAUGGCAUUUCAAGAAUAAUGUUUCUGAUGUUAUGAAGGACCGGUUGGGGAUCGAGGUUUUGAAAUGGCUUGAAUCGAAGGAAUCCUGGAAGAGAAACGCCGGAAAAGAUCAUGUGUUUGUCCUCGGCAAGAUUUCUUGGGAUUUUAGAAGAAGUAAACUUCCUUGGGGCUCAAGGUUCCUUGAGUUACAAGGAAUGAAAAACCCUACAAAGCUUCUCAUCGAAAGACAUCCAUGGGAAGUCAACGACAUCGCAAUCCCGCAUCCGACCUAUUUCCACCCUAAAACAGACAAUGAUAUCGCUAGCUGGCAGGUCAAGAUGAUGAACAAACCUCGAAGGAAUGUUGUAAGUUUUGCCGGAGGUGCAAGACCCGGUAAUCCUCAUAGCAUCCGGUCAACGCUAAUCGAACAAUGCACAACACUUGCUGACCAAUGCCGAUUCUUAAACUGUUCUAACGGAAGUUGUGACAAGCCUGAAAAUGUCAUAGAGCUAUUCCAAGAUUCGGAGUUCUGUCUACAACCGUCAGGAGAUAGUCCAACGAGAAAAUCUGUUUUCGAUUCACUAAUCUCCGGUUGCAUUCCGGUGAUCUUUAAUCCAUACACAGCUUAUUAUCAGUACGCGUGGCACUUACCGGAAGAUCAUAGGAAAUAUUCAGUGUAUAUAAACCAAGAAGAUGUGAUCAAGGGAAAGAGAGUAAACGUGGUAGAAAAAUUGAUGGCAAAGACUCUAAGUGAGAAAGAGGAAAUGAGAAGUUACAUUAUUCACCAGCUUUUGCCUGGUUUGGUCUAUGGAGACUCUAAUGCUAAGUUCCAGAGGUUUCGAGAUGCUUUUGAUAUUACUUUUGAUAGUUUACUUGAAAAAAUCAAUAGGUUGGUAUAA